CACACACACUCACACAGAGAAGUCUUGGAGAAAGAAGGGAAGAAGAGGGAGAGGAGGAGAGUCUGAUGUCGGAAUGAGUCGGCGACAGCGCACCGCCGCGAUGGACCGAUAGACGGAUCGAUACGGCGGAUAGACGGACUGCCCGUGUGUUAGAGAGUGGAUGUCCGCCGUGUGUGUGUGUGUGAGGCAACAGAAACAUGAGUCGGCAGCAGCAGCAGUCCCAGGGAGUGGUUUUAACGGGUUACCACAGCAACGCGGAACUGUUGCCGAAAACUGGACCGUCGGCCCCGUUAGCCCAGGACCCGGAGUCCACCGCGACCAGGUGGGACAUCCGCAGAACCGGCCACUACACUGUUCAGCAGAACCAAAACACCCAGCAUGGAGACAGAUAUGGGCCUCCCACUGCCACCGGUGGGACAAAAGCCACCGGCACUGACCCAUUGUCACAACCCAACCCGAGCCUUGCUGCUUGCCCCACCUCUCAGCUCUCCUCCAGCCCCGGACACAGUCCCAACUGCAGGUCCAGACCUCCACCCACGUGUCAGCGCUGCAACUCUCAGGACUCUCUGGACGAGCUGGAGAUGGACGACUACUGGAAGGAGGUGGAGAAUAUCACUUGUUCUGGAGGAGGAGCGGGGAGGGGAGACGGUGGAGGAGAAGGGGAGGUGCAGGAGGAGGAGCAGCAGAAGGUUCCUGAGGAAGGUGAGCAGGAGGAGGCGUGGCUUACAGAGGCGGGACUUGCACGGCUGUUUGAUGAUUCUCUGGCGGCAGACCUGGAUCAGGAAGAAGACAACGAGGUGUUCCUGUCCACGCUGACCAGAACUCAGGCGGCAGCUGUAGAACGUCGAGUGGCAUCGCUACAUCAGACGUUGCUGCGGCGACGCAACCGGCAGCACGUUCCUGAUGUCAGGGACAUAUUCAGACCUCCUGGGAAGGGUGAGCAGCCUGAUAAACUCAAAGGGGGAAGUGAGAAUGGACAAAAAGAUGUCACUUCAGCCGCAGAAACAGAGACGGAGCUGAACGUUGAAGUGGCGUUUUCGGAGCAGGCGCUCUCCUACAGGGACAACCAUCAAAGGUUAAAGGUCACCACCAGCCCUAACUCACCUGACGACAAACUACCGAACUUCAAGCUGCUGCGAGAUAAAACAGGUCAGACCAGAAUAGGGGAUCUGUCUCCUCUGGAUAUGAAAAAGGUGUGCAGACUGGUGCUUGUGGAGUCGACUGCUCUGUUUGACACAGCAGGGAUAGACCUCAAGGCUCAUAAAGCUGUCAAAGUUAAAACUAAAGAGAGUGGUCUGUUUGGUGUUCCCCUCACCACUUUACUGGAUCAGGACCAGAAGCGGGUUCCUGGGACCAAAGUGCCAUUGAUACUGCAGAGGUUAAUUAGUCACAUUGAGGAGGAGGGUUUAGACACAGAGGGGCUGCUACGGAUCCCUGGAGCGGCCACUCGGGUCAAGUCGCUGUGCCAGGAGCUCGAGUCCUCCUUCUAUGACGGGAUGUUUCCAUGGCGACAGUUGAAACAGCACGACGCCGCGAGCCUUUUGAAGCUGUUCAUCAGGGAGUUGCCCCAUCCAUUACUUACUGUGGAGUACCUCAAUGCAUUUAUUGCAGUUAACAAGCUCCCCACAAAGAAGCAGCAGCUGCAGGCUUUGAACCUGCUGGUCCUUUUGUUACCUGAGGCCAAUCGGGAUACUUUGAAGGCACUAGUGGAGUUUUUCCAGCGUGUGAUUGACCAUCAGGCCAAGAACAAAAUGACCCUCAACAAUGUCUCUGUUGUCAUGACACCCAACAUCUUCAUGUUCAAGGGCUUUCGCUCCAAGGUUACAGAACAACAGGAGUUCUCCAUGGCAACCAGCACAGCCAACAUUGUCCGGCUGCUGAUCAGAUACCAGAAUCUUCUGUGGACCAUCCCAAAGUUCAUUGUGACCCAGGUCAGACAACAAAACAUGGAAAGUCAGCGGAAACAAAACAAAGAGAGAGCUGUCAGAAAGCUGCUGAAGAAGAUCACCACCGACAAACCAGCUGAUAAAGCUGUCCCAGAGGAGAGUUCGCAGGGAUUCAUUCGAGUCCAAGCUCCACAGUUUAGUAAGGUCUCUAUGGCAGUCCAGCUUACUGAGGAGCUGCAGGCUGCUGAUGUGUUAACACGCUUCCUGAGCCAGGACAGUUCACUGGCAGUGAAAGGAGAAGAGCUGUGUCUCUAUGAGAUUGGUGGAAACAUCAAGGAGAGAUGUCUGGAUAGGGAAACGUAUAUGAAAGACCUCAUCCAGCUGAACCCUGCAGCAGAAUGGGUCAUUAAAGCUGCACAGAGAUAAAAAUAAAGCUGGACCUGCUCCAAAUUUUCACCAGCGUGUCUUACUGAGAGCAGACGUCACCCGGUUCUCUGUGGUUUCUGCUGCUCCUGGACCAACUUCAGUUCGCUUUGUAGCGAAGACAUUUCUGAACACAGGUGGUUGCAUGGAUUCACAGAAUUUCUUGGCCCUGAAAAUUGCCAAAAAAAAAAAUACAUGUAGACCAAUGGCAGUUUUAAAACGUAUGGAAUUCCUUUUGGUGAAAUCUGUGUGGAAAUACUUGCAUUUUUCCUCCAUUUAGCUGAAGAGCCAGAUUGUGAGACAAGAAAAAAAUUAUUUCUUUGGAUUUUACAACCAUUUUUCCCACCUGCCUUAGCUUCAUGUUGGGAUUUUGGGCCUCAGGUAACACUAAUCUAAAGUAUCACUUUGUGCAGGUGAAAGAAACCACUUUUUUUAAAAAUAGGCUUUCUCAUCUCUGGUGUCCUGGCAGAGCACUGCUGUACUGUGGUGGAAAUACACAAUUUCUCCCAGUUUCAUAGCACUUGAGCCACACUGUUGUGAUUCUUAAUAUUAUGCAAUACUGUAAGUAUUACAGUUGUAUACUGUGAUUUCUUGCCACUAAUCACUUUGUUGCUUCAGGAAUAAUAAGCUGAAAUGAUAAAGGUCAAUAAAAUAUUGCAGUUUGAUUAAGUAAUGAAUCAGUUACAUAACAAAUACAUUUAAUGUUUAUUUUCUGUAUAACAAAUUUUGAAAAUAUUGGCUUUUAUUUAUUUGUAUUUUUAUUAAAAGCCCUGAAAAGUAAAUAUAUGGUCACAAUAUUGAAUGUUUAUUUAUCAGAGCACUUGACUGUAGCCAGGAGGGAAUGAACAUUGGAGUGAGUGGGCAAACUGUAGGGGGUUCAAAGCUGGAUGGGGUUACAUUAUAUGUGAGGGAGGGGCCCUUUAUGUGCCACACCUCAACAGUGACCCCAAAACUUUUCAUAAUAAUGUCACUGACCGUAAACCAGAGCACAUGAUGACGACAUCACUGUUUAUAUGGCACAUUGUUGUUUAAACCAUAGAUGUUCGAGCGUGUCAAGAAUUCAUCAAGUCUAUCGCCUCACAGGUUUUGUACCAAAGAUGUGAUCAUUUCAAAUAAACGUUGGACUCUUUCGUGAUUUUUUUUUCAAUAAGUUAACUGCUGAUUUUAUAAAUGGCCUUCUUAAAUGAUACAUUCUCACAUGAUGAGUUACAAAAGUAUCUGGACACGAAUACUUUUGGCUUUUGUUGUUUUGAUUUUUGGCUCUGUACUCUCCACAGUCCAGAUAUGAGUUGAUAUGGUACAUUGGCAACAGUGAUGCAAAAAUUCGUAUUUAUCCAGCAAUAGAGAAUCUGUUUUAUUUUUUAUUUUUUGGCACAAAUCUGUACUUCUCUUGGCUUUUGACAAAAGUCUAAUCUCGUCCUGUGUGGUUGCUCAGUUUCGGCAGCCUGCGGAGGACCAUAUCUGCACCAAAGUCAAACAUUGCCGAUGUUUCUCUUGUGGAAAGCUGUGGAGUGUUGACAACAAAUAAUGUGUCACUGUUUAGAAACUUUGUGAGCUGAGUCUCUCUCUGCCUUGCAUUAUGUUGUUUACUGUGAAUGUCUUGUUUUUUCCCAAAUACUGAUGUCUUUGUCUCAUUACUGCCUCUGAAAUGACCACUAAAACAGCCUGUAAAUAAACAUGCAGUUAUU